UAAUACCAAUGCAGAGAGCGUCAGAGCUUUAAUAACUCUGUGGAGCUACACAAAAUUCUAUAAGCCCCAAGCCUUCAACUUUUGAGAUUCUGAUCCCCUGCAAUGGCAAUUCAUGCAAUAAGGAGCAGGGGACUUCUUUUGAAUGAGAUUGCAUGGGUGCAAUGCUGUGUUUUUGUGUGUUGGGUUGUUUGUGGAUUUGGAAGCUGUGAAUCAUCAGUAAAUGAUGUAAAAGCUUCCUUUGUGUUUGGGGAUUCUCUUGUGGAUGCAGGAAACAACAACUAUAUUUUUACUCUGUCAAAGGCUGAUAUGCCACCCAAUGGCAUUGAUUUUAAUGCCUCUGGAGGCUUACCCAGUGGAAGGUUCACUAAUGGCAGGACUAUACCAGAUAUUCUUGGUCAAGAAAUAGGACAGAAUGUAUUUGCUCCUCCAUAUAUGGCACCAACUACAUCUGGAGAUGUUUUGUUGAAGGCUGGUGUAAACUAUGCCUCGGGAGGUGCUGGAAUACUUAAUGAAACUGGUAGAAAUUUUAUUGGAAGGAUUUCAAUGGACACACAACUCAACGACUUUGCCAAUACGAGGGAAGAGAUCAUUUCCAUGAUAGGCGUGCAAGAAGCCCAGGACUUUCUAGCAGAAGCUAUUUUCUCUAUUUCCAUCGGAUCCAAUGAUUUCCUCAACAAUUACUUAGCAAUUGAAAAUCUUCCUGAGAGGGAACUCGUUAGCCCCGAGCAAUUUAUACAGAGACUCAUAGAUACCUUCAGAGUUCAAUUAACUAGACUCUACAAUUUGGAUGCAAGGAAAAUAGUGGUGGCAAAUGUAGGACCUAUAGGUUGCAUACCAUAUCAGAGAGACUUUAAUCCACUACAAGGGGACGGUUGUGUAUCCAGGCCUAACCAAAUGGCAAUGGGCUUCAACACUCAUUUGAAAGAUUUGAUAGUGGAACUUAAUGCAAAUUUAUCAGGGGCCAUCUUUGUUUAUGCCAAUGUUUAUGACAUUGUGAAUGACAUUAUUGUAAACUACAAAUCUUAUGGAUUUGAUGUUGCAGACACUGCAUGCUGUGGUUCAAUAGGGAGACACAAAGGAAUUAUUCCAUGUGGGAGGAGAUCAAAUGUAUGCCCUGAGCAUUCAGAAUAUGUAUUCUGGGAUCCUUAUCAUCCAUCUGAAGCCACCAAUUUGAUCAUUGCCAACCGUUUGUUAGAUGGAGGGCCAGAUAUUGUCUCCCCUAUGAAUGUUCGAUCCCUUGCACAAGUUUGAACUGGGGCUAACUUUUAUUGCUACCUAUCUUUGUAUUGCAUCUCUUGAUGUUCCUUAACAUCUGGUAAUGGUGUGAUGCCAAUAUCUAGUUUACUGGAAUAGAGCACGAAUUGAAAUGGGACUAGACCACUCUCUUGAACCAGAGAUUCUGUGGGCCUUUUUGUUUAUAUGGAUUUAGUGUCUAAUGUAAUGCACAAAUAGUCAUUAUUUGUUUGAAGAUUUAACUCCGUCAAAUUUGUUUA